AGCAGAAGAAGAAGACGAAGAAGACGAAGGAAGGCGAGCAUUUUGAUACAAGGCCACGACCUGCCACGGCGAGUCGCUAACAUAAAAAGGUUAUAUAACUUCGAAAAUUGAGAAAAAUCGAAGCUUUGUGUGAUCUUCUUAGAGGGAGGCGUCGGGACAAGUCUCUUCUACAGCACAUUUCCAUUGAUAUUUUGACUUUGGCACAUCAUUUCAUCAAUUUCAAACGGAUCAUCAUGGCUGAUGAUUUUGACGUUGAGGCCAUGCUGGAGGCUCCAUUCAGAAAGACUUCCCUAAUGAUAUCUCACCUCUACUCCCAUGAAUUCAUCUUUGAUUCCACUGUGAACUGUGAAAAAAAGGAAGGUAGUUAUUGUGCAUAUACUGAUGUACUGUGGUUCACCUUAGGAGUAAAAGAGAUUCAACCUAGAACAUCCAAUCCCUAUUCGGUUGCAACAAGGUGAAUGCCAAUGGUUGAUAAGCCCAUCUUUAACUGUCCAGGAAAGGAGGCAGUAUUCAGAUUUACAAUCUGCACGCCAACACUUUUUCUGAAUGUGCAGUCCUGUACAACCCGCUUUAAACCCGACUUCUGAAAUUACGUGGACUGUGUGGCUUUGACAGAAAUGUAUAACUCUGUAGCCUGGAAGUAAUUAAACUUCAACAAAAUUGCUCUUUAGGUAGAAACCUGUAUAACAUUGUGUUUUAGAAAAAUAAUUUCCCCACGUCAUUAAGGGAUACUGAAUUGUGAUAUCAAUCUAUAACUGUUUUAAAUCCAUUAGCUGUAGUUUGACAACAGUAUGCUUGAAAAUGCAGAUAUUGCAGUUGUGGAGCUUCAUGGUUCGAGCACAUGUGCCAUGUCAUGUUUUUAUGGCAAAACAAAGGGCAAGAUGUGUGACAGAGGUGGCAUCGAGCUCUUACAGUCCAAGAACGAAAAUGGGUGAAGAUCACUGGACUGACACCAACCACACAGGAUCUCUUUUAGUGGCCGUGGGCCAUGCGUGGUCACAUGAUUAGGCACAAAUAGUGGCAUUGGUACGACCUAUAAGGAGGGGAAUGGUGGAGAUGAUCUGAAAGCUUCCUGAACUCAGCUAAUAUGUUGGACACUCCCUUAACUUUGCUUUGUUGCAUUAAGUACUGAGCAGCCUUGUAAAAGCAGAAGUGGGAUGGGAAGCUAUUGGGGUGGUGGAAGGACACUGUCCAGACAUGACAGUAGGAAGUUUUGAAGUAUUAUUAUUAUUAAUUGUAUACAUUCUGCAUUUUCUCUUGUCCCACCCCACCCCCUUUACCUUGACGACUUGAAAUGUUUCAUCUACGUCCUCAUGAUGUUCUUCUAUCAACCUUGCUUAGGAUGAGAUGAAGUCCUCUCAUGCAAAUGGACAUGACGACCAAAUCAAGAAGAAAAGGAGGAGUCGAAGCAAGAGCCGAAGCCCAGGCUCUAGGAAGAAAAGGAGCAGAAGCAGAGACAAAAAGAAGAGUAAGAAGAGGAGCAAGAGCAGAGAAAGGAAACGGAGCCGCAGCAGAGAGCGCCAUCGGAGCGGCUCCCGAAGCAAGGAGCGCUCUGGGCGCUAUAGGGCACGCAAGAGCCCGGUCCGGAAACGUUCCAAAAGCCGGAGCCCCUUCAAAAAAGAGAAGAGUCCCAUCCGAAACUUUGAGGAUGCUAUCGGGCAGUAUAACAAAAUCAGGGAGCAACCAAUUGACAAUCUAACACCAGAGGAGAGGGAUGCCCGCACAGUUUUCUGUAUGCAGCUGGCUGCGAGAAUCAGAGCUCGAGACCUGGAAGAUUUCUUCUCAGCUGUUGGAAAAGUAAGAGAUGUGAGAAUGAUCUCCGACAGAAACUCCAGGAGAUCAAAGGGCAUCGCAUACAUCGAGUUUGUGGAGUCUUCUUCUGUUCCACUGGCUAUCGGUCUGACAGGCCAGAGGCUGUUAGGAGUGCCCAUCAUCGUCCAGGCUUCUCAGGCAGAGAAAAAUCGAGCUGCCGCCGCCGCCAACAAUCUACAGAAGGGCAGUUCAGGUCCGAUGAGGCUGUACGUUGGCUCGCUGCACUUCAACAUCACUGAAGAAAUGCUGCGAGGGAUAUUUGAACCUUUUGGAAAGAUCGAGGGAAUCCAGCUCAUGAUGGACAGUGAGACCGGACGAUCCAAAGGAUAUGGCUUCAUAUCGUUUUCAGAUGCAGAAUGUGCAAAGAAGGCCCUGGAGCAGCUGAAUGGCUUUGAGCUGGCAGGACGUCCGAUGAAGGUGGGGCAUGUUACAGAGCGCUCAGACUCAUCGACAGCCAGCUCCUUCCUGGACAACGACGAGCUGGAGAGGACCGGCAUCGACCUCGGCACCACAGGGCGCCUACAGCUGAUGGCUCGACUAGCAGAAGGAACUGGUCUGAAGAUCCCUCCUGCCGCUCAGCAGGCUCUCCAGAUGACCGGGUCCAUACCCUUCGGAAACAUUUCUGCUCAACCAGCUGUCCCAACUCCAGCUCCAAGCCAAGCCUUGAACCUCCCUUCACAACCGCUGGCCACACACUGCCUUCAGCUGUCCAACCUGUUCAACCCACAAGCAGAAAAUGAUCCCACCUGGGCCAUUGAGAUCCAAGAUGAUGUUAUUGAAGAGUGUAACAAACAUGGAGGAAUUGUUCACAUUUAUGUUGAUAGGAACUCUGCUCAAGGUAACGUGUACGUGAAGUGUCCCUCAAUACCAGCGGCGAUGGCAACUGUAAAUGCACUUCAUGGACGCUGGUUUGCAGCCAAAAUGAUAACGGCUGCCUACGUUCCCUUACCGACCUACCACAACCUUUUCCCUGAUUCGGUUGCAGCGAAGCAGCUUCUCAUGCCGGCACGUCGAUAGUCUGAGACAGGUUUAUGAAAGUCAGUGUAAAUACAUUUGUUUGCAGUCAUGGAGGUGUCAUUGAAACACGACGGCUGUGUGUAAUAAAAGUUGCCUCAACUUCCUGUGUUCACCAUUGAAGACUAGGCAGGUUUUUUUGUCCUUUGAGUUGCUUUUCAAAUUUUUUGUGGGUUUGUGUUGUAAACUACCACCGAGAAGUAAUCUGCAGUUAUCUAUUGGUCUGUAUGUUUUUAAAUAUUCCUGUCUUAUCUGCUUGUUUAAAUCAACCAUUUUAGAUUUAAAAUUGCAAAAGAGUUACAAAACUGUGUUGGGUUAUAGGCCUUAAAUGCCAAAAGUAUAUCAAUGUCAACAAUAAUCCUUUGUAACUUUUUACAGCCAUAAUUUCAUUUUUUGUAUGAAGGCUCCCAAUAAACUUUGGCAAAUUUGACAAUUCA